CAUCUAUUAUAUUCAUACAAAGCGAAUACAAAUUCAGCAUAUACAAGUCAAGUUCACUAAAAUCAGACCAAGUUCAUUAAAUUCACAUCAAGACUGGCUUGUAAAAUGAAUAAGUUAUGGAUUUUAUUACUUUUUGCAGCAGGUAUCGCUGACAUCAAUUGCAAAUCAACUUCUGCCGUCGACAGUGACAAAGAUGAGAAUAUAUGUUGUAUAGCUGAUAACUGGGAGGGCUUAUUGUACUUGGAUAUGGGUAUUGUAUUUAUAGACCAGAACACAGCAUAUUCAUAUUUUAAUGGGACUGUACACGCUGCUUAUAGUUUUUCGAGCAAAAAAGUGUUUUUCAAUAUUUCGGGCCUGGAGAUGAGUCCAUUGAUACCUAAACCAAUACCAGACAGCACGCUGUUACUAUAUGACUUUGAAAAGAUGACCAUGUAUAUGGUCCCGGCUCAAGGAGGAUGCACCAAAUCCAGUUUAGAUAGUAAAAUGGAACGCGCUUGUGUGCCACAUGGUGCAAAGGAGACUGCGACAGGAGUGUUUGGUUCAGGCAAUACAACUAGAUUGUUACAUACAUAUCAGUUCUCGACCGACAAUGAUGUACCUUACGACAUCAGGGCAACAAUUUUUAAAAAUGAUUUGACGCCAGUACAUCCAAAAGUGUGUGAGCCAUUUUAUGUGAACUACUUUACCCCCUCGGGGAACCCGGACAGCGGAACAAUGUACGGGUUACAGUUCAUGGAUAUUGGACCUAUAAAAUCAGAGAAAAUAUUUGACAUUCCCGAGCCAUGUCUGAAAUUAUAAAACGAGAGUGAUGAUUGAAAAGGAAAAUGCAAGAUAUAAGUGAAAGCCAUAUUAAAUACCAGAAAUAACUACAAUUUUUCCUUCUCAAGAAAAGACAAAAAAUAUGUUAUAUUUUUUUAUAACUAUGGUUUUAAAAUAUGUAUGUUAAAUGACACUGAAUAUGAAAAUAUCUAUAUAUCGCAAAAGAAGCGAGAUGUAUACAAGAAAAUUUUGACAUGUAAAUAAAAUUCCAAAACAUUUUACCUUAACUAAUGGUCAAAACCUAAAAGGAGCGAAUGAUGGUCAUUGUAAUUAGCAUCAUUUUGGACAUGAUAAUUAAAAUGUUUUCUUAAAAAACUUUUUGGGGCUAAAUGGGCUCUGAAGCAAGUUCAAUUUGGCAUAAUAGUUCUUACUAUAUACAUCUUUGAAAAUAGGAAAACAUAGUCUUUUUAUUUCUGUUGUUGUUGCUCACAUUAUUUGGAUCACGUAAAUAUCAUUUUUCCUAUUAUUCAAUAACUGGCAAUAAUUACAAAAGAAAAUUGAGCGCUGGUUAAUAUGACGAACAAUCGAAUAAUAGUACAUUGUACAUUUAUUUGUAUUGUACAUGUAUUCCUAGUUUGAUGUAGCCAUAUAAAGUCUUAUCCAUUGUAGAAACGGGUAUUAUAUAUUUAUGAACAUGCAUACAUAAAUAAAGAAAUCAAAAAGGACAGAAAGUGUUGAAGG